UAUUUCACAUUGGACUUUUGUUCAUUCAUUUCAGGCGAUUAUUUUUAACCAUGGUGCUUAGGUUUUACCCUCCAACUUUGUAUCUUUUUCAUGGCAAGCCAUUGUUUCGGAAAUGUUUCCAGUACGUGGCAAAUUUUGGACUACAAGGACUCUUUUUUACAAGCUGUCUGUUAUCGUAUCUAGAACGCCAGUGGCGCAUUGAUUGGUUAUGGUAGGAUUUGUAAUUAAUGUUUUCUUAGUUAAUAUAGUAACUCACUUCCGCCGAUACACGUAAACGCCAUGAUUGAAUUAAUACACUUUCGGUAAUUAAAAGUUUAAUUUCAUUUGAAUUUGAGUGUGCCAAGAUAAUCCUAAAGGUGAACUAAGUAAUUAUGUUUCUAUGAUUCGACUAAUAUAUUUUAGAACUCUGAAUAAGUUACAGAAUGUAUUGAAAUUUUGAAAUUGAACACUCUGUGCACGGAUGCCAUGGUUCUGAGGAAGCUCCGAGUACGAAAAAUUCGAGAGAGUUGCCGGGAAGCAUGGAGGUGUCACGACGGCAAAGGACUCAUCUUGCGGCUGGUAGCAGGUGUCUGCUUCACAGCUCUCUUCUUUUUCACAUUGCUGGAGGAUUCGUGGCAUCCAUCAUACUCAAACUACCUCAUACGCUCCCUACAAGGACCUAUUCCAUACGACGACCCUGAGCUCGUAGCCUACAUACGCCACAAGCUGCUCAUUCCACCUUCGGCUGCUCCGUACAACUUGCUUGGAAAAAGUAACACGGCUCUCAUCAAGCCGGAAGCCAGUGAGAGGUUCUACAAGAACAUCACCAAACAUCUCUUCGGUGACAUGAAAGGUGGAAUCUUCAUUGAAGCAGGAGCCCUGGACGGGGAAAGCAUGUCGAACACUCUGCGGCUGGAGACCCACCAGGGAUGGUCAGGUCUCUUGGUCGAAGCAGACUCUGUUUCUUUCGAAAAACUCUUAGCGAAGAACAGAAAAUCUUGGUCUCUCAACGCUUGUUUGUCUCCUUAUCCAUACCCCUCUCAGGAAAUGCUGUCGUCGCACUCGCACUAUACUGGUCCGAAUGUCCUGACGGCAGGGCUCAAAGUCCGAGCAAUGCACAGCCUUCUGGCCUACAUGAAGCGCUCGGCCGUGACGGGCUCUUGGUACAAGAAGGUUCAAUGCUUGCCACUGACGUCCGUACUGACGGCGCUGAACAUCACUCAUGUGGACCUGUGGGUGCUUGACGUUGAGGGCGCCGAGAUGGACAUCCUGCGCAGUUUUGACUUCAAAAAAUUUAUCGUCGAUGUAAUCUACAUGGAAUGGAAAGCGAGACCUGAGCACAGGACAGUGGCGAAAGAAGUAGAAGAUUUCGGAUAUCGUUUGAUCGCCAGGGAAUUUGAAGACCUUGUUUUAGUAAGGAAGGGAACUGUGUACGACCCAGGAGUGUCUUAUAUUAUUCCCGAAGUGAAUGUGUCGUUGACUGCCGAGCAGCAGGAAACAGUGAAAAUUUUUGCGGAGAAAGGCAUGGCCGUACAAUUUUAAAUAUUACCCUUUAAAAAUUAUAAUCUUGCGAGAAGGAUGAAGGAUUCCGCACCUCAAGAAAGAACAAACUAAAAUGCCUGCAUCUCCUACGUGAAUGCGAAACCAGGACAUGUUAGGAUUCUCAGACCUCCCGAAGCCUGACGGCUCUGGAGCAAAGUCCAACCAAGUUUAUAUAUGUUUGAACACAGAUAGAUUGAACGAGAGCCUUGCAGAACCAGUGAGUUACAGAAACGCUUGUCGCUGACAAUCUCAAUAAAUUAAGGUAAAAUAACCGAAAUCUUCAUUUUCUUCUACCCUGGCUUCUAGAAACAGCUCAUCUAAGGCAUUGUUUGCUCUCACCUC